ACCAGCGGGGCAGGGGUCGUGCGCGCGGGCGACGUUGGUUCAACUUUGUGAUGACUUCCCCUGAAAUUGCUUCCCUUUCUUGGGGUCAGAUGAAGGUGAAAGGCUGCUCUACAACUUAUAAGGACUGCAAAGUGUGGCCGGGGGGAAGCCGGACCUGGGAUUGGCGAGAAACUGGGACUAAUCAUUCUCCAGGAGUGCAGCCAGCUGACCUUGAAGAAGUUGUCAAGAAGGGUGUUAAAACUGUGGUGAUUGGUCGUGGCAUGAGUGAGGCUUUGCAGGUUCCACCAUCUACUGUGGACUACCUGAAGAAGAAUGGGAUUGAUGUCUUGGUCUUGCAAACAGAGAAGGCUGUGGAAGAAUACAAUGCCCUGGCUGCUCAGGGGGUCAAAGUAGGAGGAGUCUUCCACUCAACCUGCUGAAGCCUCCCUGCUCAUUUUGCCUCCCUUGGCUGCAGCCAAAUCAGUGUCCACUGAAUCAAAUUACAGCCAGCACAGCAUGGGGGCUGAGGUGCCAAGGCAUUUGUGCACUGACAAGCUAAAAUGUGAGGGCAUUUUAGGAGUUCAGGGUUUAAACAAGUUGAGUGCUUACAAAAAGGGGUUGCUAAUGAGGUAAUUUAAUUACAGAGCUGUUUCCAUACAUGCUUGAGAUUGAGCUGAUCUUCCUCUGAGGAUUGUCCAUACUCUGGUUGCUUAACUUUUCACUCAUUGGCUAAAUUAAAGCACUAGGUUUUGACAACUUUUACUUAGAAAUGGCCUGAAGUUACAUUCGUGGCUAUUGGAUUGCAGCCAUGAGAUAACUGAUGAGCACAACAAAGUGGUAGAUGCAAAGUCAUCUUCCACUGUAGAUACAAGUUUCAAAUAAAAUAAAUAAAAAAGUGAAACCAGAACAUAACACUUUGCCUCCUGCUGGUGACUCCAGUCAGGAUUUGGGGUCCUUCUUCUCAAUUUGGGAUCCUUCUUCUAAAUUUGGGGUCCUUCUUCUAAA